AUGUCGCCUCACAAAGUCCAAGUCGAGGUCGAUGGCCUCAAGAUCAAGGUCGCGAUCGAUCGUGGAGGGACGUUCACCGACUGCCUGGGCAUCGUGGAAGGUCGCGAUGAGGACAUAGUGGUCAAGCUGCUCUCACAGGAUCCUGGCAACUAUCAAGAUGCACCAAUCGAAGGCAUCCGCAGGAUCCUCGAGGAGGCCACUGGCCGCUCGUUUCCACGGAAUCAAAAGCUCGACAUCGGCGGCUUCUCCGAUUUCCAUGUCCGUAUGGGCACCACGGUGGCUACGAAUGCGCUCCUUGAACGGAAAGGCGAGCGGAUUGCCCUCUGCAUUACCAAAGGAUUCAAGGACGCUCUCAUCAUCGGGAAUCAGUCGCGGCCGAAGCUCUUCGCCCUCAACAUCGAGCGGCCAGAAGUCCUUUUCCAGGAUGUGAUUGAGAUCGAUGAGCGAGUCACUAUCGAGGACUAUCAGCAGAACCCCCGGCCAGAUCAUGCAGCACUCGCCCAGGCUCUGGAAACUGAUCCUGACCUGGUCAAGGGAGUCAGCGGCGAUGUCAUCCGCAUCCUGGACAGACUGGAUGAGCAGAAGACCCGGAAAGACCUGCAGAGUCUUUACGACAGAGGAUAUAGGUCAAUUGCCGUCUGCUUGGCCCAUUCCUAUACCUUCCAAGAACAUGAACUGGCAGUUAGGCGGAUUGCGCAGUCCAUUGGCUUUACACAGAUCUCCCUCUCUAGCCAGCUCUUGCCUAUGAUCAAAUUGACCUCUCGCGGCGCUUCGGCUACCGUGGAUGCCUACUUGACCCCGAUUGUCAAGAAAUACAUUGAAGGUUUCCGGGCUGGCUUCGAGGACGGUCUCAAUUCAGAAAAUACGGGCUGCGAAUUCAUGCAAAGCGAUGGCGGCUUGGUCAGUUUCGAUAAAUUUACAGGACUGCGAGCUAUCCUCUCGGGUCCUGCGGGAGGUGUGGUGGGCUAUGCCCGGACUUCGUUUGAUCCGAAAGUCAACAUCCCGAUCAUUGGGUUCGACAUGGGUGGGACAAGCACAGAUGUUUCACGGUUUGACGGGACGUUCCACCAGACCUUUGAGAACACGACGGCCGGGAUAACGGUGAUGGCACCUCAGUUAGACAUUAACACCGUCGCCGCCGGAGGAGGCUCGAUAUUAUUCUGGCGUCACGGACUGUUUGUGGUCGGGCCCGAAUCUGCCGGUGCGCAUCCGGGACCAGCGUGUUAUCGCAAGGGGGGGCCAUUGACAGUGACUGACGCGAACCUAUUCCUCGGGCGCCUGCUGCCUCAAUACUUUCCGAAGAUCUUUGGGCCGAGCGAGAAUGAGCCGCUGGACAUUGAGGUGACACGACAGAAGUUCAAUGCCCUGGACGAACAGAUCUCGCAAGAAACAGGCCAGCGCAAGACGGCCGAGGAAGUGGCUCUUGGAUUCAUUGAGGUGGCCAACGAGUCCAUGGCCAAACCAAUUCGAGCGCUCACCCAAGCCCGCGGGUUCGACACGUCGGCGCACCAUCUUGCCUGUUUCGGAGGAGCGGGAGGACAGCACGCCUGUGCAAUUGCGUCGUCACUGUCAAUCGGCACGAUCAUCGUCCACCGCUAUUCAUCCAUCCUUUCAGCAUACGGCAUGGCGCUCGCGGACGUUGUGCACGAGGCUGCUGAGCCGGCGUCGAGCGCAUUGAACGAAAAGACAAUGCCGGAAAUCCAACAGCGCAUCGACCGGCUGAAACAAAAGGUCCAUAAAGAGCUGACCAGCGACGGAAUUCCCGAGAGCACCAUCCAUUACGAGGUGUACCUCAACCUGAGAUAUGCCGGGACGGACAACUACCUGAUGGUGCUGGAGCCGGCCGACGGCGAUUUCAAGAAGGCCUUUGUGGCGGAGCACAAGCGCGAGUUCACCUUCACAUUCGAGAAUAAGGACGUCUUGAUUGAAACGCUGCGGGUGCGAGGAAUCGGCAAGUCGCUCGAACUCCCGCCGGAGAGUCCGUAUGAGGCUCUGGAGAAAAUGAGCUUCUCCCAAAUUUCUGAUGAGCAAAUCGACGACAAAACCUCGAUUUAUUUUGGAGGAGUUGGCCGAGUCGAGGCGCCAGUUUACUUCUUGGGCAACGCCAGGCCCGGCAGUUUGAUCCCAGGGCCAGCGGUGAUAUUGGACAAGACGCAGACUAUCAUCGUGGAACCACAGGCGACAGCGAGGAUUCUCCCUCGCCACGUGGUAAUUUCCAUGCCGACAACCAAGACAGGCUCGACAGAGCACACCAAGGUGGUAGACCCGAUCCGGCUAUCGAUAUUCGGACAUCGAUUCAUGUCGGUGGCAGAGCAGAUGGGGCGGAUGUUCCAGAAGACGUCUGUGUCGACCAACAUCAAGGAGCGACUAGACUUCUCAUGCGCCAUGUUCUCGCCGGACGGCAAACUGGUGGCCAAUGCGCCGCAUGUGCCCGUCCACCUGGGCUCGAUGGAGUACGCGGUGCGCUACCAACACGACAAACACGUCCGGGGCGAAACUACCCUCCAACCGGGCGACCACAUCCUCACCAACCACCCCCUCGCAGGCGGCACACACUUGCCAGACAUCACAAUCAUCACGCCCGUAUGGGACGAGGCAGGGCAGAAGAUUAUUUUCUACGUGGCAUCACGGGGCCACCAUGCCGAGAUUGGCGGGACGCGACCUGGUUCAAUGCCAUCAGACAGCAAAAUGCUGUAUGAAGAAGGGGCGAUGACCAUGGGCUUUAAGAUCGUGACGGGCGGCCACUUCGAAGAGGACCGCGUGCGACGGUUCCUGUGUGACGAGCCAGCGUCGUUCCCCAACUGCAGCGCGACUCGUACGUACAACGACAACGUGUCGGAUCUGAAGGCAGCAAUAGCAGCGAACCAAAAAGGCGCGCAGCUGAUUCAAGAAAUGAUCGACGCCUUUGGUCUGCAAACCGUCCACUUCUACAUGGACGCGAUCAAGGCCAACGCCGAGGUGGCGGUACGGGACUUCCUGAAGAAAACCCACCGCGAGACAGGCGGGAAGCCGUUACGUUUCAUCGAUUACAUGGACGACGGAUCCCCAAUCGCUCUCGAAAUCCGCAUCGACGGUUCCACGGGCGACGCCGAGUUCGAUUUCACCGGCACGGGCCGCGAGACGUUCAAUUGUCUCAACGCACCGAAGGCCAUCAGCCACUCGGCCAUCAUCUAUUGUCUCCGCUGCUUAAUCAACGUCGACAUCCCACUCAACGAGGGCUGCCUGGCCCCUUGCAAAGUGAUAAUUCCCGACGGAACACUCCUCAACCCAUCAGGGUAUGCUGCCGUGUGCGCGGGCAAUCCAAUCACAUCGCAGCGCAUCACCGACACCAUCCUCGGUGCCUUCGGGGCCUGCGCCGCCUCCCAGGGUGACUGCAACAUUAUCUCGUUCGGCAUGGGCGGCGGUGUCGACGCGCAGGGUAACGAAAUCCCCGGCUUUGGCGUCGGCGAGACGAUCUGCGGCGGCAGCGGCGCAGGACCCUACUGGCACGGCACCUCAGGCGUGCAUGUCCACAUGACAAACACGCGCAUUACCGACGUCGAAGUCUACGAGCUGCGAUAUCCGAUCAUAUUGCGCCAAUUCGGGCUUCGCAAAGGAUCCGGUGGCAAAGGUCUCUUCAAUGGUGGCGACGGCGUCACUCGUGAAAUCGAGUUCCGUAUCCCCCUUUCUGCAUCUAUGCUCAGUGAAAGACGUGUCAUUCCGCCGUACGGUAUGGCUGGUGGCGGGCCCGGAAAAGUCGGCUUGAAUUUAUAUGUUAAGCGUGAACAUGAUGGUGUGGAACGGACUAUCAAUAUCGGUGGUAAGAUGGAGUUGAGUACGCAGCCGGGCGAGAGAUUGAUUAUCAAUUCCCCUGGAGGCGGUGCUUGGGGUGCUCCUGGGCGACAUGUUCCUGAAAGCGAUGAACGAAAGCUGAACGCUGCUACACUGGCUGCUUCGGCGACUCGCUUCGAACCCAGAGGGAGUGUCUUUGAUUGGGAUGCCGCUGCUCAGGCCGCGCAGUAG